AUGAUAAAAAGAAUCAUUUACCUUUUAACAUAUUUUAUAAUAAUAAAUUUUAUUGUUUCUAAAAAUAUUCAAAGCAUAAACAAUAGAACAAAGAAAGUUGCCUUACUUCCUUAUUUCUUUACCUUACCUUAUAACAAGCGAAUAAAAAAAAGCAACUUGCGAUCAAAAAGGGAUUGUACUUUUUUUACAGGAAUUAAACCUAGCGGAAAUAUACACCUUGGAAAUUACAUUGGAUGCUUACAUCCAAUCAUAAACGUUGAAGCCACAAAAAAAAGUUCAAACAACUCAUCUAAUAAUAAUGAAAGUGCUAUAAAAUUAAAAAAAAUUAUACUUAUUGCUGAUCUUCAUUGUUUGACAAAGCUAAGCAAUAUUUAUUCAUUGAAGGAUAAGGUUAUUGAUUCAGUAAAAAUCAUAAUCUCUUUAAUAAUAGAUAUGUAUAAGAAAAAAAAAAGUUACGUAGAUGUAUAUAUUAAUAAUAUUAAAUUAGAAGAUAUAUUACAACUAAUAGAAAAAAACAACAAGAAUAAUAAUAAUAUUAAUUUGUAUGAUGAAAUUGCGUCAUAUACAUCACAAUUUCAUAAUGACAUAAAAAAUGAUAACCCCAAAGAUGAUGAAAAUCAUUUAGAACUCUCAUCUCAGGGAGGUUAUAAUCAUAGAAGGGAACUUAUUAAACAAAAACAUUAUUUUUACAUUUUUAAACAAUCAGAUAUAAAAUUACAUACUUGCUUAUAUUAUUUAAUAAAUUCUUUUACAUCCAUAAAUACGUUAAAUUCACAUAUACAUAUAAAAAUGGGUGGUCAUAAUAAAUCCUUGGCUUUAUUUUCUUAUCCAAGUUUAAUGCUUGCAGAUAUUUUAUUAUAUAAACCAACCUAUUUAAUUAUAGGUCAAGACCAAAUAAAGAAUAUGGAAAUAAUGAAAAAAUUAUGUAGAAAAAUGAACUAUCAUUUUAAAAAUGUUGCCAAAUUACCAAAGAUAUUUUUUUCAAAAUUUUAUUCAGAAGUCAUGAAUUUAGAUGGUCAUAAAAAAAUGAGUAAGAAUCAUUUAACACAUAAUGAUAAUGAUACAUCCAAAAUUAUUUAUCUUUUAGAUGAUAAAAAAACAAUAGAAAAUAAAAUUAAAAAGAGUAAAACGGAUAAUUAUAAUAUAUUAGUAUAUGGUCAAGAAGAUAGAAAAGAAAUAAAUAACCUUAUAAAUAUUUUCUUCUUUUUUUAUUACCAUCAAAUCAAAAAUAAAAAAUAUAUAAACCUAAAUAGUAAUAAUAAUGAGAAUAUAAAUAAUAACAAUGGAAAUAGUUCCAAAUUAUCACAUAUUUAUGAUGAACAUGAAUUAUUUUUAAAUAAUAAAUAUAUGCAAAAUAAUUAUUUAAACGAUUUUACAAAUAAUCAUAAUUUCUCAAAUUAUAAACAAAAUAAUAUAAAUCCAAAUUUUAAUCAAAAUAUAAUUAAUAAUAUAUUACAUUCAUAUAAUAAUAAUUAUUCAAAAUUUAAAUAUGAUUUAUCACAAUUAUUAUAUAAUCAUUUUCUUGUAACCAAAACGUAUUAUAAUUCAUUUAAUUCCAGACAUGAUAUAAUUCAUACAAUUUUAAAAAAUGGAAAAACAUGUGUAAAAAAAAGGGCCUCAAAAAUAUACAAGGUCAUAAAGAGGAAAUUAAAUAUAUAG